AGAUCAGCGCGCAACGGAAAGAGUGUCGGUGUGAAAUUUGGAGAAAAUCACGAGCUGAAAUGGAAAAUGCCGAUUUUCAGUAUAACAGAGGCACACAAAUGCAACCACAGCAUUUCCCAACAAGGCCCAUGGUCGAUCCCGAAGCUGAGGGUGAAGUGGACCCUUCACAAUAUCCUCAGCCGAAAGAAUCGACCCAUAAAAUCCGAGGCAAAAGCGAUAUGAUAGAAAUGAUCUUCGGUCCCGUUGAUCAAGAACUCCUUGUGGUUAAAAGCUUUUACUUCUUCUUCUACUCGGCUUUCGGAUCUCUAUUUCCUCUAAUGGGCGUUUACUUCAAGCAGAUGGGAAUGAAUGCUAGCCAGAGUGGUUUCCUGAUAGGCUCUAGGCCUUUCGUAGAAUUUCUUUCUGCUCCGUUUUGGGGAAGCCUAGCUGAUCGGUGGCAAAAAGGCAAAAUCCUGCUGUUAGCAUCGCUCGCUUCGUGGAUCGUCUUUACAGUUCCGUUGGGUUCAAUCCAACCUCCAGCAACGUCUUGUAUGGUUAUAAAAAAUAAUACCGCAUUGUUGACUACUCCUGAGGUUAAUGUAGGAAGAGUUGUGAUAACGAAAAGAUCCAUCAAAAUGGAAACGCUUGCUGAAUUUCCGCGUAACCUUGAACAGGAAUCUAACAGCCACUCCAGGAAACCUCGAGAUAUCCAGCCAGUCUCAGUAAAUGCAGGUCAGUCUCCCAUUAAUGUCCAAUACGCAUCCAACUACCAAGACAAGGAACAUGAAAGCUGGGUCCAACCUAUCAUAUCCUCCAUUGUUUACCGUACGCAAGAUAUACAAAAGGCAUUUUUCCUGCUUCUAUUACUGGUGAUUAUUGGUGAAUUUUUCAGUGCUCCCGCAGUCACUCUUGCAGAUUCUGCUGUUCUUACUUUGCUGGGAGAAGAUGCUGAUACGUAUGGACAUCAAAGAAUGUUUGGUUCCCUUGGAUGGGGUCUUGCCAUGUUUUUCGUAGGCAUAGCGCUAGAUCACUCAACAGCGUUUCCCAAUCAUCCCUGCACUCCCGACAAGAAAGAAAAGAAUUACACAAUUUGUUUCGCUACGUUCUCGGUGCUCAUGGGAGCUGCAUUAAUAAGUGCCACUCAAAUAACUUUCAAAUACGACGAAUCUGUGCCAGAACCAACGAUGGAACCAAAAAGUCAGUCACCGACCGAAGAAGAUAGAAUGCAGGCCCAGCUCGCCGAGCAGCUGAAUUUACCGUCUCUGGCGGAUACGCGGGCAUCUGAUGCUCCGCCGAUUCCAAAAGAACAGAAGACGAAAAUAUUUGCUCAAACUACACGUGAAAUGCCUGAAUGGAUGACAGUUAUUAAACAAUACAAGAAUCUCAAAUGUGCUUCAUUCUUAUUCGUCGCGUGGUUUAUGGGCUUCGGUAUUGGAUUAAUCUUCACGUUCCUCUUCUGGCACUUGCAAGACUACGGCGGAUCUCCCACACUAUUCGGCGUUGCUUCAGUUAUCAACCACAUAUCAGAAAUAUUCGCCUACUUCUUCAGCUUUCGACUUAUCAGGCAAAUGGGCCACGUUAAAGUAUUGUGCCUUGGCCUUAUUGGUAACACUCUACGAUUCUUAUACAUAUCAUGGUUGACAAAUCCUUGGUGGGUGUUGCCGUUUGAAUUCAUGCAGGGAAUCACUCAUGCUGCUGUUUGGGCAGCCUGCUGCUCAUACAUUGCUCACAACACUCCACUAGAACUGCGAUCUUCUGCCCAAGGAGUUCUCCAAGGAAUUCAUCACGGUCUCGGCAGAGGUUGCGGUGCAGUGAUUGGAGGAAUGUUCGUCAGCUCUUUCGGUUCUACGGCUACCUUCAGGGGAUAUGGAAUUAUCUGUUUAGCAGUACUGGGCGCUUUUGUAUUCAUUAAUUUCUAUAGGGUCGAUCAAGGAUUUGUUUCAGAUUUGCCCCAAACCGAAGAUCCUAGACAGGUAGCAGAAGAAACAUCCCAUUUGGCUCCUCAUGGUGUUCCCAGCAAUCCUAUACCGCGAGCUUUGUCCAGUACUAAACUUCAUGACCUAGCUAAUCAAGAUGGAUACGGAACCUAUCAGAUGGGUCAAGGCGGCACUUUAGGAGUUCCUGGUGCGAAUCCGUUUAGCACACAACAACAACAACAACCCCAGCAUCAGCAGUAUUCUGGAUACGAGGUAAGAAACGGGAACUACUAAUUCUCCUUACUCAAGAUGUCUGUAUCCUGAAGCCAACACUACAUUACUCAUACAACAGCCGAUAUCGACCACCAACUCAGCUUACGAAUGGUAACAAACAAAAAUAUCGAAAUACAUAAUCUGACUACUUACGUACUAAAUAUUUUAAAUAAGGGAUUCUAAUGAUUAUCAGAAAUUUAACCAUUUUGGUAUUUUUUAUUGUAUUUUUAAAUGUUUCUUUAAUGUACAAAUAGAUAGAAAUAUGGAAUUUAUAUCAUUAUAUCGAUCUAUUAAAGGGUUUUAACAACAUAUUUUUAACGGAGCAUAUCCUAUAAUCUUUAGAAUCAUCCUUUUAUAAAUCAUGUAUUACUAGAGUUUAUAUUUUGGAAAUGAAAGUUUACAUAUUUACCUAAAGCUUCUAAAAGUACUUUUUCAAAUAUGAAAUCUUUAAAAGUUUAAUAAAUGUCGAUUUUAAGUAUUAAAAGUAUAAUAGGUAAAGUCUUGAAAAGUAGUGUAAAUUAGGUAUACAAUUACUUAUCUACGGAUAUUUUUUGUCACUUCUGAAAGUCUUAUUUCUCUUUUUAAAUUAUUAUUAAGAUUUAACAAGAAUGUAUAAAGAAAUACAAAGAAUUUGACAAAAAAUAAUAUCAAUGUUACGUGAUUUCCAAGCUUUAUAUUGUCUUUGAGGCAAUCAAACCACCAUAUACAGGAGAUAAUAGUAAAACAUCAAUCUGCAAUCGUGUUUCGGAAGGCACGUACAGCCGUCGGUCCCGCUACGUAAGUAGUUGUUAAGUCAAGUUAGGGACGCUUGCGCGAGCUGAAAAGCUGAAAACCCUAACACUAGACUUUAUCCAGAAAGUUACAAUAAUUUACUUUUACAACAUCUGCAAUAUAACAUAGACAAAAAGUUAUUCAACGGCAAAAUAUUCAACGUGAGAAUAUCAGAAGGAAAAUCGUAUUCUAUAAAUAGUAUGAAUGUCUAAAGUAAACGAAAGGCAUUUACAUAUCAGUUUAUAUGUACAAGAACGCGCUGUGAGUGGUACAGUAGGUCCAGAAUCCAGAAAGAACCAUUGUGGCGUGCACCAUCAAAGACGCUAUUCUCCAUGUUAUGAGUCAUCUUUGAGGAUGAAGAUGUCAGAAUGAUCUUAUUUGUGGACCAGAUGUGGACAGGUAAUAUAAUUAUGUAUAUAAUAUAAUUAUGUUACUAGGAAGAAAAUGGUUUCCGUGUUGGUCUCUUUAAACAUUUGGAAAGUAUGUUCCAACGAAAACAUAUCCAUUGACAAAAAUAUGAAAAAUAUUAGUAUUACAUGUGGAACAGAAAAUCAACAUAGCUUAUUGAUACAAACAUAUGAACAUUAACGAAUAUGUAGCCAAUCAAUGUAUUCACAGCCAAUCAAUGUAUUGCUUGUUAAUCAAUCCUUAGAUAAAAACUAAUUGAGCAGUGAAUUUAAGUCACUGAAAUAGUAAGAUCGAAGGUGAACGAGGAAGAUCCUGCAAUGAAGAGCCAAAAAUGAUAAAAAAAAUACAAUUAAUAUCACGUAUUUGGAAUAACAAGAAGAAACUAUGUUAAAAUUAUAACUCUGUAUUCAUCAAUAUCUUGGCCAUGCUAUGAGGAAUGAACAAGAGAUAUAGCUUGUUGCAACUCAUUCUUCAGGGCAAGGUAUUUGGAAAGAGAGGACCAGGGAGAAAAAUAAUAUAUUGGCUUCAAUACCUGAGAAAGUGGUUUAAUACAUCGGCAACCGGACUAUUAUUAUAGCAGCAAGCAAAGUUAGGAUAGCCAUGCUGACCGGCACGGCAUCCGAUUAUCCGGAACGGAGAGGCACCGUAAGAAGAUUAAUAAAAGUUAAAGAAGCUGAAAGAGAGAACGAAAACUAAUAAAAAUAAGUACCAGAUAGUCUGACAUACAAAACUUUAAACAAAUAAGAUACUUCAAAAAUGGCAAAAAAUUAAUAUAAUUUAUCACCGUUUAAUAAACGAUGCAAUCAGAAUCAUUUCAUGCUUUGCAUAGCAACAAAAUUAGAUUGAUAUUGAUCAGAUAUUGUGAAAUUAUAUUAAAUUAUUAAUUAAAACAUCAAAGUAUACAUUAUUUUUACAAUUCUGUAUUUAUACGAAUUGAAUAUAUAUAAUUAGGUGAAGUCAUGAAAAUUGAUAAUUAGUGCAGUCACUGAAGGUUUUCACCUCCGAUUUCGUUUAACCUCCAUCAAUUUUAAUGAAAAUUGGUGAGUAGUUUGAUGAUACCUUAAGAAACAAAAGUGAUAUGGUGUAAAUUUUUUUUAUUUUUGUAGGAUAAAAAAUAACCGACAGAAACGUUUAAAUUCUAAAUUUUACUGCGAGAACAAUGUAAUCGGGGCCAAAUAACGUUUUAUAUUAAAAAAAAAAAACAGAUGUAAAAGAUUAAAAAUUUAAUACGAUUUUAUAGCCACCUUUCAAACGGUUUUUGGAUGAACCUGAUACCAUAAAAUUUAACGGAGUUAUUCUUAAAAAAAAACAAACAAUUUUUUUGGAAAAAUUUUGGAGCAUAAAUUUUAAAGCUAUCUUCUGAGUACGUUGAUAAGUGUUCAGUAAGUAUACGUUAUAAAAUGCAUCGUAUUCCCGUUUUAAAUUAAUACUAAAAUGUUUUCAAGUAAGAAAUUUAUUCGAUUUUUUAUUAUCUUCAAUUGUGGUAACCUAAUAAUAACUUUUUUGUAAAAACUUAUUUAUUAGAGUUAUUUAUGAAAAACCGCUUAUAACAAGCAUUUUUUCACGAAAAUAUUCAUUUAUUUUAAUAACUUAUAUAACAAAUUUUGCGUAGAAUUUGUCCCUGUAUCGAUUUAUGGGAUUUCACCCCCCGAGAAGGGGUGGCAUCCACCCCAGGUAAAAGUGCAAGUUGGCACCAUGAUACUUUUGUUUCCUGAGGUAUCCUCUAACCACACACCAAUUUUCAUGAAAAUCCGUGGAGGUUCGCCGAGAGCAAAGGUUAUAGCUCUUAUCCACCUUCAGUGACUGCACUAAAUAGGAAAAUAAAAAAAUGUGCACAAAUAUUGUAAUUUGUGGUGUACAUUGUUAUUGUAGGUAUAUGUAGAUAUAAAUAUUAUAUUAAUUUAACAUUUCUUUUAAAGAAAUAUUAAAGACUUAAAGCUGAUAAAGAGGGUACAUGUGCGAUAUAAAAGACUAUACAGGUUGUCCCAGAUAAACUCUUAAUUUGAAUAAUAUUUUUUUUAUUAUGUUUUUUUUAUGUUUUUUUCUUUUGAUUUUCCAUUGUAAAUUCGGCUCAAGAAACCACAGACACAGAACAUCGAAGUUCUAAAAGACAUUUACUUGGACGACAGACGUUCGCAUAAUUACAAAUUUGUAUUAGAAUCAAACAGCAUCAGUUUUAGUAGAUGGUUUGGAACCACAGGUUCUUAAUAUAAAAAGAGGCGUAUGGCAGGAAUGCCUCUUGUCGCCCCUUUUUUUUUUAACGUCCGAAAGAAUUUUUAAAGAUGCACUUUCUGGAACACAAGAAGUAAUAAUUGUGAACGGUGAAGUCAUCAAUAAUUUGCGAUAUGCGAACGACACAUUACUCCUAGCUUCUACUCAAGAAGUUCUGCAAACAUUACUUGACAGUGUCGUUUAGAGUUGCAAGAAAGAAGGUAUGGAUCUGAACAUACGGAAAACCAAAAUGAUCGUAAUAAAUAAACGACAGAAUAUAAAACCGUCUAAUAUUAUAUAAAUCAUCCCAAACUUGAGUAAGUUGAUCAAUGUUCAAGUUUUCCUUGGAUUACAUUGUAACGCAGAGAGUCACGGCGAAAUUAGAUCUAGGAUAUAACAAGUCAGAGCUGCUUUUAGAAGAUUGUCUAAGGUAUUAUGUAAUAGAGACCUAAAAUUGCAAUUGAAGAUCCGCCUACAUCGCUGCUACGUGGUAUCGGACAUACUUAUGGUGUCGAGUCUUGGACUAUGAAUAAAAUCAACUUACAUCGUCUUGAGGCUUUUGAAAUGUGGUGUUACAAAAGAAUUUUAAAAGUUUCUUGGGUGGAGAAGAUUCGAAACUCCACAAUACAUAGAAUAUCUCAGCAAGACUACUGAGAUUAUAAAAAGCAUCAAGAAGAGAAAGCUGGAGUAUUUCGGACAUGUAAUGAGAGGUCCCAAAUAUAUAGGUCUGGAUCCCGCGUAUGAAAAAAAAGUUGAUUAAUAGCAAGCUGAAAAUUUGUUAAUAGCUUAAAAGUGUCUAGUCGAAUAAACUUUGAUAUGUGUGAACACUGGAACAGGGGUAGUUUUAAUUGUGGAACAGGUUAAAAAUUUGGAACGGUCACAGCACGAAAACGGCACAUUUAUUUUGUCCGACAGAACAGACUUAAACUCUUCGAACAGAGAUUAAACUCUCAUGCAAAAAUCAGACUGCUAUUUAUCACCAAAUGGGCGUUUUAAUGAGUGGAACAUGUAGAAUAUGUCAAAUGACAGGAAUUAUGACAGGUAAUAAAUAGCAGUCUGAUUUUUUCAUGAGAGUUUAAUCUCUGUUCGGAGAGUUUAAGUCUGUUCUGUCGGACAAAAUAAAUGUGCCGUUUUCGUGCUGUGACCGUUCCAAAUUUUUAACCUGUUACACAAUUAAAACUACCCCUGUUUCAGUGUUCCCAUAUAUCAAAGUUUAUUCGACUAGACACCCUUAAGCUAUUAACAAAUUUUCAGCUUGCUAUUAAUCAACUUUUUUUUCAUACGCGGGAUCCAGACCUAAUAGGUUGCUACAAAAUAUUAAGCAAGGAAAAUAGCAUGCAAACGCAGUCCAAGACGAAUAAGAACUUCAUGGUUGAAGCACUUGCGAGAUUGGUAUAGUGUUUAUGUAAGCUAUGAUGGUAACCAACGCACGUUCUGAAAGGACAUGGUAGAUGAAGAAGAAGAAGCGAGUGGAGUCUUGUCUAGUAUGUCUUCUAGCUUCCGAAGGAAUUGCGUCAGUUUCAUGUACAUGAGUCUGUGUUGGAAGUGAAAAUUUUCUUCUUGGGAGUGGAUGGGAGUUAAUUCGCUGAGUAUUAAAACAAAGGUUGUAAAAUUAUUAUAUAGUUAGUUAUUUGUGUUGUUUAUGGUUGCAUACAUUUUUUGUUUAUGUGUUUAAUUCCAUAUAAGAUGAAUCAAUUUUUCACAGAAUCUUAACCAUAUUUUUUGUGUAUAUUUAUUAUUCAGUAGGUAUUGUUAGCGUUGUAUAAUAUUCUUGUUAUUACCAGCAAAGCUAAUUGUUUGGGCCAAUCUGUAUUAUAAGUGUAACAUAGUUUUGUUAAUCGUAGGAUUUAAUUUACAAUUAGAUACAAAGACUCAUUUGAGCAGGGUCGGUCUCUUCACUUCAUUAUUGUAUUAACUUUAGUUGUACAUAAGGAAACUGUAUCAGUUUUCAAAAAUAAUGAAAUUGUUGAUUAGUUGAAUAUUUGUAAUAAAUUAAGCAAUUCA